AUGAAUAAAAUCGGAAAUAACUCNGGCAAAAAGAAGAAUACAGAAGUGCCGAAGAAUGAAGAAGUCGAUGAUGAUUUUCUCAUGGUCUCAAAUGAACUUCAAGCAGCACCAGCAUCGAAAGAAACAACGUCUGAUUUAUUCUCGACAGAUACACGUCUUUUGAAUCCCUUGAACGAAAUGAAAAAGAAAUUCGGAAGUAGUAUUGUCGAACAAAUAGAACGUGAGAAUAAUCCUACCGCCCAAGCCGCUUUUGCAAAUAUGUCCGCACAACGUCGCCGUGCUUAUCAAAUCCUUCAACAACAGCAACAACGACCGACCACUCGGAUAGCCAAACAAAAUGCUUUCAUUACUUCAAAAUUAGGAUGGCCAGUGUACCAUAAAUUUGGUCUACUGAUGAAACCGUCAGCACCAUUGAAUGAAACUGCGCCUAAUACGGGAAAUUAUUUCCAAUUUGAAUAUGACAAAGAUUACCAACGAAUUCAAAUCCAAUUUUUAGAUUUUGUUGAUCAACACGAUCUUCAAGGAAUCAUGGAUAUUCUUCGUCACUAUCCGUAUCAUAUCGAUUCAUUGAUUCAUUUAAGCGAUGUAAGUCGAAUGCAGGAUGAUACACCAACCGCUGUCGAUUUAAUUGAGCGUGCUUUGUACAAUUUUCAACAGUCAUUUCAUCCGCUGUUUUCGAUUACACGUGGUGAAUGUCGUUUGGAAUAUCGAGUCCAAGAAAAUCGAUCUUUUUUCAUUAGCCUUUUUAAACACAUAAUCUAUAUCGGUGAACGUGGUUGUUCAAGGACGGCAUUGGAGUUCUGUAAAGUACUCUUGAGUCUCGAUCCAAUCGAUGAUCCUCUUGCAAUUCUCCUUCUAUUCGACUACUAUGCAAUACGCUCAGAUGAAUACAGUUAUCUUAUACGAUUUUAUAUUGAACAGAAUCAACGAUUACAAUUGAGUGGUUUACCAAAUUAUGUUUUCUCUGUUGCUUUGGCGUACUUUCGCAACUCAUCCUACGAUCAAGCAAAUGAAUUGUUACAAGACGCAUUGUUGCGUUUUCCUUCCGUAUUGAAAUAUUUGCUUGACAAAUUAUCAAUUAGACCUGAUCGCGCCGUUGAAAAAUGUCGAUUUUUCUCUGAUAGUGAACGACAUGAUUCAAAUGCAUUGAAAUGCGUACAACAACUAUAUGUUGUGCGAAUGGCGAAUGAAUGGAAAGAGAAAGACGAACUCGAGUUUUUGAAAAACAAUGUUAACCAAGUUAUUGACAUUGUCGAACGAAAUCAAGAUGAUCGCAUUACAAACUAUACAAAGACACGAGAAACAUCCUAUCGUCGAACACCGAUGAACGUUUGUCGGCACAUUGUUCUGUCAGAAUCAAAUGAAAUACGUGGAUUUCUGCCAAAUGAUAUCGACGGUGGACGAACUUUUUACUCGUUUGAUCCUUUUCCUCCACGAGAUUCCAUCGUUGGAUUUCAACGACCGGAAAGACCUACUUUACAAGUAAACAAUUCCUACAAUUCCUUCGGUAUGCUUUUGCGCUCGCUCCUACCGAAUUUCAACUUAGACAACUUUCUUGUGGCUGGUGAUGCUCAAGCUGGUGCUGUCGGUGGUGGUGGUACCGCUGCCGCCGAAAAUGAUGUCGGUAUGUUGCAAGCUCUUCAAGAAAGUAUACGUGAUUUCAUUCGUGAUAUCGGUGUUACGAAUACUGAUGAGAAUCAAUUACAACAACAGCAACAGCCACCGGAUGAUGACGAUGAAAAUAACCAAGAAUUUGAUUAA